AUGCCUAAAAGCAGUAAAGUGACACAGCGUGAGCACAGCAAUGAGCAUGUCACCGAGUCUGUGGCUGACCUGCUGGCCCUGGAGGCCCCUAUGGACUAUAAGAGUAGCCAGAUGAGCAUGAGCAUGGCUGGAGGAGGUGCAGCACCAAAGCCUGACAUCUCUCCAGACCUGGAGGAUGGCCGACCAGCCUGGAACAGCAAGUUGCAGUACAUCCUGGCCCAGGUGGGCUUCUCAGUGGGACUGGGGAACGUCUGGCGCUUUCCUUACUUGUGCCAGAAGAAUGGAGGAGGUGCCUACCUUGUCCCCUAUUUCAUCCUCCUCAUCCUCAUUGGCAUCCCACUUUUCUUCCUGGAAUUGGCAGUGGGUCAGAGGAUCCGCAGAGGAAGCAUUGGUGUCUGGAACUAUGUUUACCCUCGACUGGGUGGCAUUGGCGUGUCCAGCCUAAUGGUGUGUGGCUUUGUGGGUCUGUACUACAAUGUGAUCAUUGGCUGGAGCAUAUUCUACUUUUUCCAGUCAUUCCAGUUCCCUCUGCCGUGGGCUGACUGUCCCAUCCGGAGAAAUGGAAGCCAAGCCUUUAUAGAGCCAGAGUGCGAGAAAAGCUCUGCCACAACAUAUUUUUGGUAUCGUGAAACACUAAACAUAACCAGCACUAUUGCGGAGAGUGGAGGGCUGAACUGGAGGAUGACUCUGUCUCUGCUGGCUGCGUGGAUCAUUGUCUGCCUGGCCGUCAUUAAGGGUAUCCAGUCCUCUGGAAAGGUGAUGUACUUCAGCUCUCUGUUCCCGUAUGUGGUGCUCUUCUGCUUCCUGGUACGUGGAUUGUUUCUUAAGGGGGCUGUAGACGGCAUUGCUCACAUGUUCACGCCAAAGCUGGAGAUCAUGCUGGAGCCACAAGUAUGGCGUGAGGCUGCAACGCAGGUCUUCUUUGCUUUGGGUCUGGGUUUCGGUGGAGUCAUUGCUUUCUCCAGUUACAACAAGAGGGACAACAACUGCCAUUUUGAUGCUGUCUUAGUGUCUGUGAUCAAUUUUCUUACCUCCAUCCUGGCCACGCUGGUGGUGUUUGCUGUGCUUGGUUUCAAGGCUAACAUCAUGAACGAAAAAUGUGUGGUGGAGAAUGCUGAGAAGAUUCUGGGCUACCUGAACUCCAAUGUGCUGAGUCAUGAUCUGAUCCCGCCUCAUGUUAAUUUCUCCCACCUCACCUCAUCAGACUAUGCUGAGAUGUAUGAAGUGAUUAAAAUUGUGAAGGAGGACAGCUUUGCUCAGCUGGGACUGGAGCAGUGUCUACUGGAGGAUGAACUCAAUAAAGCUGUCCAAGGCACUGGUUUGGCCUUCAUUGCCUUUACAGAGGCCAUGACACACUUCCCAGCAUCUCCAUUUUGGUCAGUGAUGUUCUUUUUCAUGCUGAUCAACUUGGGACUGGGAAGCAUGAUUGGCACCAUGACUGGAAUCACUACUCCCAUCCUUGACACCUUCAAAAUACGCAAGGAGAUCUUGACUGUGGUUUGCUGUAUCGUUGCAUUUUUCUGCGGCCUGUUAUUCGUCCAACGAUCAGGAAAUUAUUUCGUCACCAUGUUUGAUGACUACUCUGCUGGCCUUCCCCUCACAAUCGUAGUCAUCUUGGAAAAUAUAUCUGUGGCCUGGAUUUAUGGCACCAAAAGGUUCAUGCAGGAUCUAGAAGAUAUGCUGGGUUUCAAACCAUACAGGUUGUACUUUUAUCUGUGGAAGUAUGUGUCUCCAGCCUGCCUCCUUGUUCUUAUUACUGCUAGUAUCAUUGAGAUGGCCAUCAGUCCACCGGGAUACAAUGCAUGGGUUCAGGACCAGGCGCUAGAACGCUUCCAGAGCUACCCUCCAUGGGCUCUGGCCAUGUGUUUCGCUCUCAUUAUCGUAGCCAUGCUCCCUCUGCCACUGGUCUUCAUUGCACGUCACUUUAACUGGCUCCCUGAUGGCUCCAACAAACUGUCCGUCUCCUACCGCAAGAGCCUGACAAAGGACACCUCCAACCUGGAGGAUGAGACACGUUUCAUCCUGGGCAAAAACCCCAGUGAGACACCCUCUCCCAUGCCCAGCCACCGAGCAUACCUUGGCCCAGGCAAUACAUCGCCUGUCGAGCUCAUCACCAACUCCACGUCCAUCAGCGGCUAUGGCAGUAGCUACCAGACCAACCCUGUGCCACCAAAAUCUGAGUCCUGA